GUGCAAACAUCAGUCAGCAAUUAGGGGAGAAACAGAGAGAGGGAGAUGAAGAGAGAAGAAUCACCUAAUGUGCUGCUUGUAAAGUCACAGGGUCAAAGACAUGUGGAAUGACCAAUCUACAUGGAUCUUUAAUGACAGGAACUUGUCUACACACUGUUAAACAUUACUCUUUAUGAUUUACAGUAAAACACUGAAUGUAGAAAUAACUAGAACAUCACCUAUGCUGAAAGAUUUUAUAUAAAUAAAGUGGCUGAGAGAAACAUAAAGGCUUGUAAGUGCAACUGGACUACAUACAGAAUCACACUUUAAUAGCAUCUUAGUUGAGAACAAUGAGGAUACUGACACGAGGCAGCCUACAACGGUUGCUGAAGCUCACUGUUGUACUGGGAUCACUAUGGAUGGUUUUGCGACUUGGUUUUCCUGAAAAAGGCUGGGAUCCUACCUACAUUCUUAGGUACAGCUGGCUGGAGUAUACAGAUGCUGAUGGCAGCCCAGAAAAAGUGUGCAACUGUUCAGCAAUCCUGCGAGGAGAGAGGGAGGCACUGGAGCAGGCUAAAUUACUGACCAUCACUAAAGACUUCCACAAGAGUGUUCAGAUCCCUGAUGAAUAUUAUAUCAAUGCAACCCAAGACUGCAGCCAAUUCAAGCUGAGCAGGAAAUACUUACCAUUCCCAUUAAGUCAGGAAGAAGAGGACUUCCCACUGGCUUACUCCAUGGUUGUGCACAAUAAGGUGCAGAACUUUGAGCGACUGCUGCGAGCCAUUUAUGCGCCUCAAAAUAUUUAUUGUGUCCAUGUGGACAACAAGUCAGAGGCCUCAGUCUUCUUUGCCAUCCAGGCCAUUACUUCCUGUUUCGAGAAUGUCUUCAUGGUCAGCCAGGCUGUGAAUGUGGUCUAUGCUGCCUGGCCACGCGUCCAGGCUGAUCUUAACUGUAUGGCUGAUCUCUACAACGCCAGCACCAAGUGGAAAUACUUCAUCAACCUUUGUGGCCAAGAUUUCCCUCUGAAAACCAACUUGGAGAUUGUGAGGAAGCUGCGUUCACUGAAGGGCGCUAACAGCUUGGAGUCGGAAACAAUGGCUGGAGAAAAGAAGUGGAGGGUGUCAAAUGUUCACCAGAUAGUUGAUGGGGAAAUAAAGGGGAUAGGAAAGGCAAAGGAGCCUCCUCCAUUCAACCUGCCCAUUCUGUCAGGAAAUGCCUACAUUGUAGUUAAUCGAGGCUACAUCCGCAGUGUGUUGGAGGACAACCGAGUACUGGCACUGAUCGAGUGGGCCAAAGAUACCUACAGUCCAGAUGAGUUUCUCUGGGCAACCAUUCAGCGAAUCCCUGGUGUUCCUGGCUCAAGGUGGCCCAACCACAAAUACGACAUGACAGACAUGAAUGCGAUUGCACGGCUGGUGAAGUGGCAAUGGCAUGAGGGGUCACAGGGUUCACUGGAGGCGGUGUACCCAGAGUGUCGAGGCACCCAUGUCAGGGCAAUAUGUGUGUAUGGUGCUGGAGACCUGCAGUGGAUACUUGAGCAGCAUCACCUCUUUGCCAAUAAGUUUGACAUAGACACAGAUCCCAUUGCUGUCUACUGCUUGGAGAAAUACCUUAGACAAAAAGCACUGGCUGAGUUACUUUAGAUCUAUUGGAGAUUUUUUCUGCUCCAGAUUAUAGAGAUAAAACAAUUUUCAAGAUGUAUUUAAAGGUUCCAAAUAUAAGAUCUUGAAGCAUUUUCCAUAUUAUUUUUACGUGUGAAUCACCUUUUAUAUUAAAUGGGUGAAUAGAUUGUAAUGUAACUUAAAAAAUGAGACCUUUCCCAACUCUUUUGGUUUAUAUGCGCUUCUACAGUAUGUAGGGAUGCAGGUGGGAUAUUCCACAAAAUAAAAUUAAUGUGUACUUUUGGUUAAAUGGAAGUCAUCACUAUAUUGAUGACACAUAUAUAUGAUUCCAGUGAAUGUACAUCUUUGAACUGAUUAAUAAAGGGUGAUCAUAAA